AAGCAGCUAGCGGAAACGGCCGUUGGCGUCAGGGAAAUGAGUAAACAACUUGGCCGAGCAAGAGUUCAACUUAACAUUCAGAAUGUUCUGAUUGUGACGAAAGCCCGAGAUAAUAGACUCAUUAAACUUACUCGAGAGCUUGCGCUUUAUCUCAUGUUAAAACGGAGCCGGGAUCAACGAGGGCUAGUCGUAUAUGUUGAUAACCAACUCCGCCACUCAAAGCGUUUCGAUGCCGAAGGUAUUCAGCGAGAUCAUCCAGAGCUUUUUGAUGAAGGUCAGCUCCGAUACUGGACGAGCCGCAUGUGUAGUCGUAGUCCUCAUCUCUUUGAUUUUGUUGUGACGCUCGGAGGAGACGGGACUGUGCUCUUUACAUCCUGGUUGUUCCAACGCAUCGUUCCCCCUGUACUCCCAUUUGCGCUAGGAUCACUUGGGUUCCUUACCAAUUUCGACUUUUCCGACCAUCAGGCCGUCAUGGAUUCUGCAUUGGACAAUGGCAUUCGCGUCAAUUUGAGAAUGCGCUUCACAUGUACUGUGUAUCGAGCAGUCGCCAACGAAAAGGGGAAAUCACGGAAAGCAGUGAAGAAGGGGGAGACGGGCGAAAUCAUGAUGAAGAAUAUCGAGAAAGGAGGAUGGGAAGCCCUCGAAGGCGGUUGGACAGGGGGACCUGUCGAAACAUUUGAGGUUUUGAAUGACCUUGUUGUCGAUCGUGGUCCGAGUCCCUAUGUCAGCCUCCUUGAACUCUUUGGAGAUGAACAUCAUAUGACGACGGUUCAAGCGGAUGGCCUCACUGUUUCAACACCAACAGGCUCCACUGCAUAUUCGUUGUCUGCUGGUGGAUCGUUGGUACAUCCGGAAAUACCGGCCUUACUGAUAACACCUAUAUGUCCGCAUACGCUCUCCUUCCGGCCAAUGCUCUUGCCUGAUAGCAUGGAAUUGCGCAUAUGUGUACCUUACAACUCGCGGAGUACUGCCUGGGCCUCUUUUGACGGCCGUGGUCGUGUCGAACUUCAACAGGGGGAUCAUAUCAAAGUCACCGCGUCUAAAUAUCCUUUCCCAACAGUUUGCGCCGAUAAACAGUCGACAGACUGGUUCCAUGCGAUAUCAAGAACUUUAAAAUGGAACGAGCGGGAACGGCAAAAAUCAUUU